AUGUCUCGACUAGAUAAUAUUGAUGCAUUGGAAAAACAAUUAGAGGACUUACAAAUGGCAAAAGAUUUAAAUUCAUCAACUAAAAUUAAAAAGAUACCACCAGCUGUGCCACCAAAAAAGAAAGCACAACCACAAGUUCCUCAUAGUGCAGUCGUCAAUUCAGUGUGUGAACCGUCUUAUUCUGCGAAGAUAACUCCGCUACAAAACUUUCAAAAUAAUGCUGCACCUCCACCACCACCACCUCCUCCACCAACAUACAGUAAUAUACCAAGACACCCAGUCAAUGUACACCCUUUGCAUAAAGAUUAUGCUAAUGUAACACAGCUAUCACUACCUAAUCAUUCAUUACGUCAUAAUGUUAUGCCUCCUAAAAGUUUUAGUACAGUCUACACCAAUGUUUAUCAAAACAGUAAUCCACCACCACCACCACCUCCCCCUCCUCCGUUAAACCUCACUCAAACUAUAACAUAUGAUACAAAUCAAAAUGAAGAUUUCAUUCCCCCUCCAUCUCCAGUCAGCUCAAACUACAGUGAACUUAUGAGGGCUACUGCUAACAUAAAUUUCAAUCAUGACCGGCCAACUUACCCAGUUAUAUAUCAAAAUGAGUAUCCUGAAUAUGGUGAAUCACAAGCUUCAACUUAUGAGUCACUGUAUGAACCUAUUAACCUACACCCUACAUCUAAUUCAGGGCAAACCAUCAAUAACCAAACUUCUAUAAACAAACUGGGACCUAUGGGAAAAUCUCCUCUGCCAAAAGAAGAAGAGGUUGAUGCAUUAACUAAUAUGUUAGUUCAGUCCAUAUCAGAGAGUCAAGAUUUAGAUGUUCUCGGCACAUGUGUCAAAUGUGACCAGAAAGUUCUAGAGGAAAGUUCAGGCUGCACUGCUAUGGGGAAUAUGUAUCAUAUUCAAUGUUUCCGUUGUCAUCGCUGCAGUAUAAAUUUACAAGGUAAACCUUUCUAUGCAGUUGAAGGGAAUCCCUAUUGUGAAGUAGAUUAUCGUGAAACUUUGGAGAAGUGUUCUGUUUGUAACAAUCCAAUAUUAGAUAGAAUAUUGAGGGCUACUGGAAAACCAUACCAUCCAACAUGUUUUACAUGUGUUGUUUGUGGAAAAAGCUUAGAUGGUAUUCCAUUCACUGUGGAUGCUAUGAAUCAGAUUCAUUGUAUUGAAGAUUUCCAUAAGAAAUUUGCACCAAGAUGUUGUGUAUGUGAGCUACCCAUAAUGCCUGAAGAAGGAGAGGAGGAAACUCUACGAGUGGUGGCCUUAGAUCGUAGCUUUCAUGUGCGUUGUUACAAAUGUGAAGAUUGUGGAUUACUUUUGUCUUCAAAGGUCCCUGGGCGUGCUUGCUAUCCACUUGAUGAUCAUAUUUUGUGUAAAGCAUGUAAUGCUCAUCGUAUCCGCAUGCUUACAAAUGUCAUGACAACAGACCUU